GACAGUAAAGGAAACUGUUAGUGACAGCCACUGAGAGCAAUGGGAAAGCUGUUUCACACCAGACCGCAGACAUGACAGGACACUUUUUUUAAACAGAGUCUGGCUAAAAACACCGGGAUAUACUUUCUUUCAAAGUCAUUAUUCAGCAAGGUCUGAGAAUAAAGAAAGUGUGAAAGGAAGCGCAGUUGAUGUUGGGAGUGUAAAAAGGCGAGGGCACAGUGACAGGAUGUACUAUGAAGACGGCGCCACUUCACACAGACCCCGCUAUGGAUCCAUUGUGGAUGAUGAGAGGCUCUCAGCAGAACAAAUGGAUGAAAGAAGACGGCAAAACAUUGCCUAUGAAUAUCUCUGUCACCUAGAGGAGGCCAAGCAGUGGAUGGAGGCCUGUCUGGAGGAGGAACUUCCUUCCACCACAGAGCUUGAGGAGGGCUUGAGGAAUGGCGUCUACCUCGGCAAACUCGCAAAAUUCUUUGCUCCCAAAUUGGUUUCUGACAAGAAGAUCUACGACAGAGACCAGGCCCGUUACAAGCACACAGGGCUACACUUCAGACACACAGACAACACAGUUCAGUGGCUCAGAGCUAUGGAGUCCAUUGGUUUGCCAAAGAUAUUCUAUCCUGAGACGACUGACGUGUAUGAUCGUAAAAACAUGCCCAAAGUGAUCUAUUGCAUUCAUGCACUCAGUUUAUAUCUCUAUAAAUUGGGGAUUGCACCACAAAUCCAAGAUCUGCUGGGCAAAGUGGACUUCACAGAGGAGGAGAUCAGUAACAUGAGGAAAGAGUUGGAGAAGUAUGGUAUCCAGAUGCCAGCCUUCAGCAAGAUCGGUGGCAUCCUAGCAAAUGAGCUCUCAGUGGAUGAAGCUGCUUUACAUGCUGCUGUUAUUGCCAUUAAUGAGGCCAUAGAUAAAGGUCAGGCUGAAGGCACCAUGUCAGCUUUGCACAACCCGAAUGCGAUGCUGAGGAACACCAACAAGGAACUAGCUCAGGGCUACCAAGAUACACUGAGCCAGGGGAAGAGGAGGAAAGAGAAACUUGCCUCAGGACGUCGUUCUUCCAUUGCGACUGAAGAAAGGGAUGUAUAUGAGGAGUUACUGACCCAGCAGGAAAUCCAAAACAGUGUGGACUUGGUCAACAUGCUUACAGCUGUGCAGAAGGUGAAUCAGGCCAUUGAUGUACAGGAUAAAGAGGCUCUCCUGGCUGCCCUCAGGCUACCUGCCCUGGGCAUUCUCAGUAUCUUAGAAGCUAACUCUCAGUGGUACCUGGAACACUUUACUUCAUACAGAGAUCACAAAGCUAAGGAUGUAUUUGCUGCAGCUCAGCUGGAGAGAGAUGAGAUUCAGAGGGCCGUGAGCACCUGCAAUGACUUUGCUGAAGCAGAGAGACGAAAGCAGGAGUCUGUUGCUGCCAUCAACGCUGCCAUUCGUCAGGGUAUUGCAGAGAACACAGUAGAGGAGCUGAUGAACUCAGAAGCCCAGCUGCCCCUGGUGUAUCCCACUGCUGCCAACUUGUACCAGUCUGAACUCUUCAGCCUACAGAACAGCUCAAAGAAUAAGGCGGGUCUGAGCCAUGAGGAGCUGUGUGUUGCUGUCGAGAUGCUGUCAGCGGUAGCUGUCUUAAACGAGUUGCUGGACACUAAGGAUGUUGUGGCUGUCAGCGAGCAACUUUCUGACUCUCCACUUGGUUUCAGCAACAUUGACCAUGACAAUAUGCAGAGGUAUGCAGACAUGCUGAUCAAACUUAGAGCAGAAUCUCUCGCUCAGGGCCAGGAGUUUCUCACCUGGAACGAUGUUCAGAAGUGCAUUGACACUGUCAACUUUCAGGUUCAUGAGGAAAAUGAAAGAGUCAUUGCCAUUGCUGAAAUCAAUGAGGCUCUGAAUUCUGGAGAUGCAGAGAAGACAUUUGCUGCUCUAACUCUCCCAACAGCCAAACUACAGGGAGUUAAUCCAGCUACAGCCAAACACUACUAUGAUCUGCUGCUGCACACCAAAGACCUUAUCUGCAAGAGAUCAGGAGAUGAAUCUGCAGUCCUGUGGCUGGAUCAGAUUCAGGAGGCGAUACACACUGCCAAUCAAGACCAGGAGGAUGCUCUGAAAUUGGCCGAGGCAGUGGCAGACAUUAACCGAGCAAUAGCUGCAGGACAUGAGGAGGACACUCUGAGUGCUCUGCAAAGACCAUGUGUAGGACUGAGGGGAGUGCUGGCUGAAUGUGCACACCUUUACCAGACAGAAUUAGAACAGCUGCAGUCUCAGCACACACAGCAAGGGAAUAGUGGUAGCUUUUGGGUGAAGCACAGAAUCAAGGACAAAUAUGACUAUUUCUACAACCUGGAAAGCCAGAAAGGGACAUGGGUGGAACCAGAUGACUUUGUCCAUGAUAGCACACAGCUCACAAAAGAGGAUAUUCAGAUGGUUGUAAGCAGGGUGACAGCAGAAUAUAACCGAGAACAGCUCUGGUUGGCCAAUGAGCCGCUCAUCAUUCAUCUUCAGGCUUGGACUCGUGGAUAUCUGGUGAGACGGGCUUACAAUGACAGACUGAAGUAUUUGAAGCAACAGGAACCAAGUGUAGUCAAACUACAGGCGUCCUGGAAGGGAUAUAAACAGAGGAAAGCUUACAAGGACAUGCUACAGACAUUCCAAAGCAAUGUGCAGACUGUGGUCAAGUUGCAAUCUUUGGUGAAAAUGUGGCGGGCCAGACAAGCAUACAGAAAGAGACUACAAUAUUUCAAAGACCACGAAAAAGAGAUAGUCAAGAUUCAGGCUUUUCUAAAGGCAAACAAAGCCAGAGAUGAUUACAAAACUCUCACUGGUGCUCAGGAUCCCCCUCUCUCUGUGGUCCGUAAGUUUGCUCAUCUCCUGGAGCAGAGUAACCUCGACCUGCAGGAGGAACAGGAAGUGAUACAUCUCCGUGAAGAAGUGGUAACUAAGAUUCGUGCCAAUCAGCAAAUGGAGAAGGACUUGAACUUGAUGGACAUUAAGAUUGGCCUGCUGGUGAAAAAUAGAAUCACACUUCAGGAUGUGGUGUCACUCAGUAAGAAGAUGAAGACCAAAAAGAACAAAAUGACCAAAGAAGAUCUGGCCACAGGAGAUAAACAGGGCAUCAAAGGCCUGAGCAAAGAGAAGAGGAGGAGACUGGAGGCUUACCAGCAUUUGUUUUAUCUGCUACAAACACACCCAUCAUACUUGGCCAAGCUCAUCUUCCAGAUGCCUCAGAACAGGUCCACUAAAUUCAUGGACACAGUGAUUUUCACCCUGUAUAACUAUGCCUCAAACCAGCGUGAAGAGUACCUGCUGCUCAAGCUCUUUGAGUCUGCUCUCAAAGAGGAGAUCAAGUCAAAAGUAGACCAAAUCCAGGACAUAGUCACUGGGAACCCAACAGUCAUUAAGAUGGUAGUGAGCUUUAACCGAGGUGCUCGGGGUCAGAAUGCCCUCCGGCAGCUUCUCUCCCCUGUGGUGAAAGACAUCAUUGAGAACAAGACCCUGGGCAUAAACACUAACCCCAUAGACAUCUACAAGGCCUGGGUCAACCAGAUAGAGACUGCUACAGGAGAGGCGAGUAAACUGCCCUAUGAGGUGACAGUGGAACAGGCUCUGUCACAUGAGGAAGUGAGGGACAGGCUGGAGGCGUCUAAUCAAACACUGCGCACUGUUACAGACAAAGUGCUCAGCUCCAUUAUGUCUUCGGUGGAUGCCAUCCCCUAUGGCAUGAGAUACAUAGCUAAGGUUUUGAAGGAUACACUUCAUGAGAAAUUCCCUGAUUCAUCUGAUGAUGAGCUACUGAAGAUUGUUGGAAACCUUCUCUAUUACCGGUAUAUGAACCCAGCUAUAGUGGCUCCAGAUGGAUUUGACAUCAUAGACAUGACAGCAGGAGGGCAGCUGCAUUCAGAGCAGCGAAGGAACCUGGGCUCUGUGGCCAAGAUGCUGCAGCACGCUGCUGCUAACAAACUGUUUGAGGGCGAGAGCGACCACCUCACACCCAUGAACAGUUAUAUCUCGUCCACCUACCAGAAAUUCAGAGUAUUCUUCCAGGCUGCAUGUGACGUCCCAGCUCCAGAAGAGAAGUUUAACGUGGAUGAGUACUCUGACAUGGUGACACUUAGCAAACCUGUCAUCUACAUCUCCAUAGAAGAGAUCAUCAACACUCAUUCACUUGUGCUGGAGCACAAGGAGGCCAUUGCUCCAGAACCAAGUGAUCUUCUGCAUGAACUCCUGGAUGACUUGGGAGAUGUUCCUGACAUGGAGUCACUGAUUGGUGAAGGUGCUGUGGAUCCAAAUGAUCCCAACAAAGAAAACACACUGAGUCAGUUGGCUAAAACUGAGAUCUCUCUUACACUCACAAACAAAUUUGAGCUGGUGGAUGGUGAUGACAAAGACAUGAAGGGACUGAUGAUGAAAACAAAGAAGCUGAUAGUGGAUGUGGUGAGAAUCCAGCCUGGAGAAACACUGACAGAUAUCCUAGAGACUCCAGCUACUUCUCAACAGGAAUCGGAGCAUGUUAAGAUGGUGGAGCGGCGGGCGGCGCAAGACGCUACUGCUCCAGAGGGGCUGAAGAGCAGCCAGGCUGUACUGGAGGACACACAGCUGCCCCUAGAACAGAAAAAACGUAAGAUCCUCAGGAAUCUGCGCACACUGGAACAGGCUGGCUUGGUCAGCUCCGCUAACAAGUACCAGGAGCUCAUCAAUGACAUCUCCAAGGACAUUCGCUACCAGAGGCGCUACAGGCAGAGGAGGAAAGGGGAACUGGUGAAGCUCCAGCAGACUCUGAGUGCCCUUAACUCCAAGGCAGCUUUCUACCAGGAUCAGAUCAACUACUAUGACACCUACAUCAAAACCUGCCUUGAUAACCUCAACAGAAAGAACUCUCGCCGAUCCAUCAAAAUGGACCGAAAAGGCGAACAGAGAGGAAGUAAGAAGUCGAAGCAGCAGUCUUUGAAGUACACAGGUGCCAGGUUGCAUGAGAAAGGCGUCAUACUGGAGGUUGAAGGACUCCAGACUAACCAGUUGAAAAAUGUAAUGUUCGACAUCUCACCCUGUGAGGAAGUUGGGGAUUUUGAGAUAAAGGCGAAGUUUAUGGGAGUCGAGAUGGAAAAAGUCCAACUGCAUUUCCAGGAUCUGCUGCAGCUGCAGUAUGAGGGAGUUGCAGUCAUGAAAAUGUUUGACAAGGCCAAAAUCAAUGUUAACCUCUUAAUUUUUCUACUAAACAAAAAGUUUUAUGGAAAGUGACUUUAACAUAUGAAGAUUCAGUGAAUGGUCUUAUGUGAUGCUUAGUAAGAGUGGAGUGCCUUCAAUUUAAGUUGGUUUUGUAAAAUUCAGGAGGAACUAGAGCAGGAAAUUCUGGGAUUAGGUAUUUAAUUAUGCGAUAUCUAAACAUAUCAAGAGUUUAAAUAUCAAGGCUGUACAUGAACAAUUAGCACACACGCUAAAAUACUGUGGUAUUGUUCAGGGCUGAGUUUCCCAAAAGCAUAGCAGCAUAAAGAUCAUCGCAAAAUGAUUGAGAAGGUAUCACACUGUACACUUUCCCUCCCAGUUAAGGUGAUCUAAACUGACUGAUACUUUUGGGAGCCCAGAACUGGGAUCAGACUGAAACCAUGAAGACCAGCAUGUCAUUCCAGUGAAUUGCUUGGCUGACAUCUUUUAUUUUUAUGCACCCCUUUUCCCAAUAAUUGUACAUGAAUUAUAUUUUAAAUGGUAUUAAAUUUGAAGUAUAUAUUUUAUAUUUAGGUAGUACUGUAUGUGAAACACUGUUUUAUAUUACUGUAAAAAAAAAAAAAGGGGGGGGGGGGGAUACGUUUUUCAAUGAAUUUCACAAUGCACUACUGCCUCCUGUUCCUAAAUGGAAAUUAAAUGGAAAAUAGCCAAAACAAUUCAAUGGAAAUAGACAAAAAGGGAAAGCCUACCAUUUCUACCUGAUUAAGCUGUUUGCCUCUUUGCUCUUAACGUGAUACACUGAAAUUAUGACUAUUACUUAAUAAAUAAAUCACAUCACCAAUUGUUUGCUUGCAAA